AUGCCUGUGGCAUCACCUUUAGAUGUCUGCAGAAGAGUGACUGCAUGUAGUAAAGAAAUACUUGAUCCAUCAGUUCUUCAGAAUAACUUCACGUAUGUUAUUAAAAAGGAUUUUUAUGAUCCAGAUAAGUUAUUUCGACCAAAUUCAGCAAAAGAAGAUUUAAUUGUGAAAUAUGAUUAUGCUUCAUUAGGAUGCCCUUUGGUGGCACAUUAUGCAGCUCUUUGGAAACCAGAGCUCCAACUAUGGUAUAACAAUAAUUAUGUAGAGGACAUUAAAGUGAAAUAUGUGAUGUUUGAAGUGAAUGGGAUACAUGAUUAUAACUAUAAACUCCAUUUGAGUGAUGUUAACUGCAAAUCAGAAGCACAAAACUGGACAAAUAUGUUAAAGAAACAAGCUCAUCCUGAUCCUCACACAGCUUGGAAUUAUAAGAAUUUUCAAAGUUGUCAGAACUCAGGUCCACCAUCAACUACAAGUAAAUCUACUGAAUAUCAGAUAAUGGGUGGAUGCUUUCCAAACCAUAUCCAUUUUGCAAAGCGCAAUGGAUUUUACGUUUUCAAAGCAAUUGUAGUGCAGCCCACAUUUAGUUUCUGUGAACUUACGACCACAUUUAGUAUAUAUGUGUAUGGAGCGUAUCCAGAAAUUACUUAUUCAUCAGAGCUGUUGCUUGGUGUUUUCAUUUUGCUUGUUGCUAUGUCAUCUUCGGACUCUCCACCUUCUUGGUUAGGAUCUCCUAGUUGUAGUUCCCCAGUGCAAAUAGUAAGAGGAGGAAUAUUCCACUCGCAUUUUCCAAAGAGGAUCAGUUGUGAGGAUGCUGGCGAGUUGCAAUGCAACAGUGACCAACAUAAUUCUUGUGAUCUGUGUGAGACCAAUGAUUGCUUAGAGUGUAACGAAUGGAUUCCUCCCAACUCUGACACAAUACAAAAAAUAAUUACUCAAGUUGAAUUUUAUCUAUCUGAUGAAAACCUAGCAGUGGAUAGUUUUCUACUUAAACACAUGAAGAGGAAUAAAACGGGCUACAUUAGUAUUAAACUUCUCACUUCAUUCAAAAAGGUGAAAUGCUUGACUAAAGACUGGAAGGCAACAGCUUAUGCACUGAAUUAUUCCAAAUUACUAGAAAUCAAUCCCGAAGGGACAAAGAUUCGCCGAAAAAUUCCAGUACCAGAUUUCCUCCUCUCAGUGCCACCAAGUAAACGUAUAUUGGCAUGGAAUCUUAAUAAGUACUUUCCAGAGAAGAAUAAUGAAAUGUGGGGCCGUAUAAAUAUCAUGGAAACAGCAAUGAAAAUCUUUGCUAUUUAUGGUCCAAUCAGUUCAAUCCGCAUUUUGCAACCAGGUAAGGAAAUUCCUGCUGAGCUGAAAAAGUAUAGGUUGAAGUAUCCAGAAGUUGGAACCAAAGUUUGUGUUUUGAUUGAAUAUGAAUGUUAUGAAGGUGCUAAAAAUGCUUAUGAUGAACUUGGCAAAAAACACUGUCAUGAUGAUGAAAAUCUAAAAGUUGUGAUAUUGACAGGCAAAGGUACUAAAAAAAUAAGUUGCAUUGAUACAGAUGAAUCUGAGGAUUUAAAGAAAUCAACUCUUAAAAAGCCUUCAAGAGGGCCCACAAAGAUGGAGCAGAUGCAAUAUACUCUGGAAGAGUCUGUUUAUAGUUCUUCAGAAUCUGAUGGUGCUAAUUCACCUGCUUCUAUCCAAAGAUACCUGCAGCAUAAAACAUGUGGUGUCUGUAAUUGUGUUAGUCAAAUGUCAAGUCCAAGCUCUGUUCCAUGUAUCCAGUCAUGUAUUGACCAUCAUUGUGGUCCAUGCACUCACUGCAAAAGCCUAGUUUAUCACCAUCCAUCACCCAAAACAGAUUUUUUUGGACCAGGAUCUUGGCCCAGCCCAGGUACAAGUCCAGAAUUUAACAAGAAGUUUCAUGACCAUUGGUCAGAUAAUGUAAAAUGUUCUGGAAGUCCCUGGGUACAAAGGCGUAAGCUAGCUGCCAGUCAGGCUGCUCCUGUAGAAAUUAACCAAAUGUGUAAGCAGUCAGUAAGGAAGCAUCAAAGUGGUUCAAGCCUACCUCCCGGAUUAGUCAGACUUCCUUUUGGCCCAGAUGGCACUAAAGGUUUUCAUAAUAGCAUUGGAAGAGGGAAAAUAGUUCUAAGGCACUAA